UCUGAAAAACGAAAAACAAAGCCAAAUUUCAAUCUUGCCACAACCCCUCUUCGUCUCUCUCUCUCUCUCUAUAAUCUAUAUUCAAUUCCUUCCUUCAAUCAAAUUUCAGUUCAUUCAAACGUACGUACACUUUGUCUCUCCUCUCUCUCCCCUUUUCCCUCUUGGUUUCUUCUUUAUAUUCGGUUUCGUUUCCUCCAUAGUCGUCUCAGAUCUUCUGUUUUCUCAACUGGCCCACUGAAGAAGGGAUUCUUCUUGAUCAUUAUUGAGGCCUGAAAUUUUUUCUCCUAAAAGGUUUCUUCCAGAUGCUAAAUUUUGGCAGGACCAGAAAUCAGCCAAGGUCUACUAGAUCCAUGCCUUUUGGAGGUUUAGAUUAUGCGGACCCCAAAAGAAAAGGCAAUUUUGUAGGGAAAAUUCUUUUAGCUGCCACUUUAACUGCAUUAUGCAUUAUCAUGCUCAAGCAAUCCCCAAGCUUCAAUGUCCCCAGCAAGUUCUCCCAACAUGAAGAAGGGGUAGUUCAUGUGUUAGUGACGGGUGGUGCUGGUUAUAUUGGUUCACAUGCUGCGUUUCGAUUACUGAAGGAUUCUUACCGUGUAACAAUUGUUGAUAAUCUUUCAAGGGGAAACCUAGGUGCUGUGAAGAUCCUACAAGAAUUAUUUCCGGAACCUGGAAGCCUACAGUUUAUUUAUGCUGACUUGGGAGAUGCAAAAGCAGUUAACAAAAUAUUUUCAGAAAAUGCAUUUGAUGCUGUGAUUCAUUUUGCUGCUGUUGCAUAUGUGGGGGAAAGCACCCUUGAUCCUCUUAAGUAUUAUCACAACAUUACUUCAAAUACCUUGGUUGUAUUAGAGUCAAUGGCUGCUCAUGGUGUGAAGACUUUGAUAUAUUCUAGUACGUGUGCUACAUACGGAGAGCCUGAAAAGAUGCCCAUUACUGAAGAUACUCCACAGGUACCAAUUAAUCCAUAUGGAAAAGCUAAGAAGAUGGCUGAAGAUAUCAUCCUUGAUUUUUCUAAAAAUUCAGACAUGGCAGUAAUGAUUCUGAGGUACUUCAAUGUCAUUGGGUCUGAUCCAGAGGGCAGAUUAGGUGAAGCUCCCAGACCUGAAUUGCGUGAUCAUGGACGAAUUUCAGGUGCUUGUUUUGAUGCUGCUCGCGGGAUCAUUCCUGGGCUAAAGGUUAAAGGAACAGACUAUAAUACGCCAGAUGGCACGUGUGUUCGGGAUUACAUCGACGUCAAUGAUCUGGUUGAUGCUCAUGUAAAAGCUCUCGAAAAAGCACAACCUAAGAAAGUCGGAAUCUAUAAUGUUGGAACUGGAAAAGGGAGAUCAGUGAAUGAGUUCGUUGAGGCAUGUAAAAAAGCAACACGAGCUAAAAUCAAAGUUAACUUUGAGCCCCGACGCCCAGGUGACUAUGCUGAAGUGUAUAGUGACCCAUCAAAGAUCAGACGUGAAUUGAACUGGACAGCGACAUACACCGACCUCCAGGAAAGUUUAUCAAUCGCGUGGAGAUGGCAGAAAGCUCACCAUAAUGGGUAUUUGUCAUCCUCUUAGGAAACGAUCACAGCCAUUAUUAUAUAUAACAGAAGAGAAAGCUAACGCAGAACCCUGGCGCCCCAGAGCUAGAGAAGGGGUUUCUUGUGAGAGUAGAUUCUUUCCCAUUUAUCUUUAUAUAUUGUGGUGUAGUUCCUAGAGAGGGGUCCCAUUUAUCAGAAUGUAUUUGAACAGAUAAUAGCUUAAUAAUACGAUGAUAUGCCUGGGCGCAGAUAUACCGUUAUUCAUUUCCAUGAUUUAUUGUUUUCUCCCUUGUUAUCACGCUGAUGAUUAUAGGGAUUUUGAUGAUA